AUGUCGAGAUCAAAAUAUCAGACGGUAGAUCCGCAAGCUCCUCCUGAGCCCAAACGAGUGCUUAAAAUGGUACUCCUGGUCGGCUCGAUUAUGGCGAUGGCAGUGAUUCUUUCGUUGGCGACGGUCCUAACUGGCCGUCCUGACGUUGCGCCGCUGAUUCGAGUCGCCACAAUCCCUGAAGACAAAAAGUUGAGUGCCGAGACAGAGCGCCGGCUCAUUAUUGUUGGUGACGUCCACGGCCAAUUACACGAGUUCAAGAAACUGCUCAAGGAGGUCCGCUUUGACAAGAAAAAAGAUCUCGUGGUCCUACUUGGAGAUUUCACCACAAAGGGCCCAGACUCUCUUGAUCUUAUUGAUAAGGCGAUUGAUAUUGGCGCCAUGUGCGUACGCGGUAACCAUGAAGACGAGCUUGUAUCUUUGUAUGCUGAAGCACACCACCUAGACAUCCCCAAAACCUACCCCCCACAUGCCAGUGCUACGACCAUUACUUUCGGCGAGCAGCCCACUCCGACCCUGGAUCCUACCCCUGGCCCCAAACGUGAUGAUGAUUCCAAAUUGCCGUUCCCCGACUAUUCGCACGAGGCGCCCAACCCCAACUUCGAAGUCGAGGUUGCCGAUCGGCAUCGAGACUGGCCACUUGCCAAAAAAAUGAAGAAACAUCAUAUGAAGUACAUCCAAAACUGUCCGUCUGUCUUGGAGCUCGGAAAUGUUUCUAAAAGGGGUAUCAACGGCGUAGCUUGCCAUGGUGGAUUGGUUUGGCAUCAGAGGGACCUGGAGGACCAGGACCCAGAGGUGACUUUGCGCAUUCGAGGUUUGCUACCCCCCAACUAUAUGCAGCCAUCUGAAGGUAAAGAUGGUGAAGCUUGGUACAAAUACUGGGGUGACGAGCAGCGCCGACGUCCAAAGAACGAGCGCUACCAGGUGUUCUACGGCCACGACGCUUCCAAGGGUCUCCAGCUGCAUAAAUACAGCCGCGGCCUUGACUCUCGGUGUGUGAAAGGCGGUGAGCUUUCAGCAUACGUCAUUACUGUGGAUAGCAAGGGCCAUUUCCACGAGAAGUUGCAUCAGGUUGACUGUUCCGCCGCAUAG